UCAGCACACUGCACACUUUUCCACAAUCUCUCUGCUCCUCAUCCUAAUUUGACCUCCAUCUGCACCACAGUGUAACUGUACCAACCGUGGGCUGUGGGGACUGAACGCUGCGAGGCCUGGGUCAGUGAAUGUGCUGUGGGAUGACUUGGAAAGCAAUGGCAGGUGCACUACUGCUCACUCUGAGCCUUAUUUUGCUGGGGUGUGGAGCUGAGGGCCAGGGAAACGGACGUGAUAAGAAAGAGGUGCCGGGCAGUUCUACCGUCUAUCUGGGCCAGAACACGCACGACUGGAGGCCGCUGAUCCACACAACGGUCAACCUUAGUUUGAUCGGCAGCAUCAAAUCCUCCUUUCAGCUCCGCACAUUUGACCCAGAAGGUCUGGUUUUCUACGGAGACACAAAAAACGGGGAUGACUGGUUUAUUUUGUCGCUGAAAGACGGCGUCCCUCUGAUGCAGAUCAACAAAGAAGGCAUGCUCGUCAGCGUAGCGGGCACCCCGAGGCUCAAUGACGGGAAAUGGCACACAUUGGAAGUGAGCAACCAGGGCAAGUUCGUAAUUCUGGAGGUGGAUGGCACUGGCGGGCUGGUGGUGGGCAUACAUUCCAAGCAGAUGGAGGAGGUCGCUUACGGUAAACUUCGACUGUCCCUUGGCGGGAUGCUGAUCGGCAAAGAAAAGAUGAUUGUUCAGUUCAAUCCCAAAAUGGAUGGCUGUGUGCGGAAAGGCAACUGGCUGAACCUCACCGUCCCAUGGGUGGCAGAGGCAGACGAGCUCCAGCCUUGCUAUGAAAACAUCCAACCUGGCAGCUACUUCCCUGGCACAGGAUUUGCCAUUUUCAACACCUCAGAUUUCCAGAUCGAUGGAGAUCACGAGGUCCAUAUUGAAGUGUGGGGGGAUUUCAGCCAGAUGGACGGGACCCUUUUGAGCAUCAAAGCUGAUGGGGAGGAGCUCAUGUUCUCUGUGGUAGCUGAUAAUAACACAAAGAACUUCACAUUCACCUCUAGGGAAGAGGUGUUCACUAUGAAAAACACUUUCAAGAGGCUCCAAAUUAAGUUUCUGAAGGAUUCGCUGAGGGUGGUUAAACAUGAGGAUGAAUCAUCGGCUGAUUUUUCAGUCAGUGCAGGGAGCAACACCAGUUAUUUAUCAGCUUGGAGAGAUGGUCAUCUUGCCAUUGGAGGCCUUUUGGGUGAGAAUGACGACGAUGUCGGCUCCCAGUUCUUGACAGGCUGUCUGGAGAAGAUCCAGGUCCAAGGGAAGGAUUUGGAUCUGGAUUCGGCGCACAUCAAACACGUGUCCGUUUCCUCUCACAGCUGCCCCGCUUAAACCACGAAAGCAUGCUUACACUUUAUGAUAUGCUGAGUAGACAUGGUGUUUGCAGUGAUGAGCACUAAAGUGUUUUAAGUCAGAAUUUUAUACUUGUACCAGUGAAUCUCCAAAGUCUAAAUAAUUUAGUGCUAAAUAUUAAUAUUUUACGAGAUGUCUCUUCCACUUUCCCACUUUUAACACAACAUACAGAUAAAUCUGAUAAAUGUGAGCAGUUUUGUGACCCUGGUACGUGCAACAGCAAGCUGUUGAAUAAAAUAUGAC